ACACUACAACUUACACUUCCUCACAGCGCCAUGAUAGACCAUCCCUCUUAAAUCAACCCCCAUACUCAUUGUCGCCUCGGUAUCACCCUCACCACACAAAAAAAAUGCUCCACUUCCGCACCGAAGGCUUCAACGGGUGCGCCGUCAAAUACUCACCCUUCUUCGACAACCGCCUAGCAGUAGCCUCAUCGGCCAAUUUCGGCCUUGUCGGAAAUGGCCGUCUAUAUAUCCUCGAGUUGACUCCUAACGGCAUUGUACCUUACAAAUGGUUCACAACCCAAGACUCCCUCUACGACCUCAGCUGGUCCGAAAUCCACGAAAACCAACUCCUCACAGCCUCCGGCGACGGCAGCAUCAAGCUCUUCGACGCCACUGUCCCAGACUACCCGAUCCAAAACUGGAAAGAACACAAUCGCGAAGUCUUCAGCGUCCACUGGAACCUCGUCGCCAAAGACCAUUUCUGCUCUAGUAGCUGGGACGGGACUGUGCGCGUGUGGUCUCCGCAUCGACCGCAUUCUCUCCUCACGUUGCCGACGCAUAGCUGUACCUACGCGGCGGAGUUUUCGCCGCAUUCGCCGGAUAUCCUCUCGUGUGUGUCGUCGGAUUCGUAUCUGAGGUUGUUUGAUUUGAGGACGCCGGCGUCGGCGUCGAAUCAUUUGUCGUUGCAGAUUCCGAUUCAUGCGGGGCCGGGCGGAGGGGCAGGGGGGAUGAUGUCGGGUGGGGGCCUAGGAGCAGGAGGGGUAGCGCCGAGUGAGGCGUUGACGAUGGACUGGAACAAGUAUCGGCCUUCGACGGUGGCGACGGCGGGGGUGGAUCGGACGAUUCGGACGUUUGAUAUCAGGGCGCCUGGGCAGGGCCCGCAGACGGUGAUGAUGGGACAUGAGUAUGCGGUAAGGAAGGUGACGUGGUCGCCGCAUUUGUCGAAUGUGUUGCUGUCGGCGAGUUAUGAUAUGACGUGUCGGGCUUGGAGUGAUCAGUCGGCGUCGGGGGCGGUUGGGGAUGUUGAUGUGAUGCGGGCGGGACCGGGGCCGAAUAUGGGGGCGGAGUUGGGACGGAUGGGACAGCAUACGGAGUUUGUGACGGGGGUGGAUUGGUGUAUGUUUGGGAGUGAGGGAUGGUGUGCGAGUGUUGGGUGGGAUGAGAGUUUGUAUGUGUGGGAUGUGAGGGCUGUGAUGGGUUGA